AUGGAUCGAUUUCCUAAAUUCGACAUGGUAGUGGAAUCCCUAGUUUUGCUUAAGAUGUGGUACAACGACCUCAUUGUGGUUUAUAAAAUAGUCCUCAACAAAUAUAUAGGAGCCUUAACGGAACUCAUCAACAUGGUUGGGUGGCCCGAGCUGAUUGAAGGCCUCACAGGCUAUUGGGACAAUGAUAAAAUGGUGUUCCGAUUUGGAACCAUGGAGAUCACCCCAAUAAUUGAGGAAAUUCGGGCUGGAAUAGACACAGUCGGUACAGGACUUGAAAGAAGAGUGAGAAAGCAGGAAAAUAUCUUAAUCUCUAACAAGCCUACUCUUGAGGAUCUUAUAAAUUGGCUCGGAUUAAGAAAGGAUUACGCCUUUUGGGCUGAAGACACCCGUCCCAUUCUUAUGGAUCUUUAUGUUAGAUUCGGGAAUGCAAGCUUUUACGCGAAUUACAACCAAGAGUUCAGGGUCACUUACAGAGAAUGGGACGGGAUCAGACCUUUGACAUUCACCGUCGCACUAUUGGGCACCAUGGUUUUCCCACACGGUCCGAGCCUCAGUAUCAACACCCGAGUGAUAAUGCUUGCGCACACUCUGUUCCACGGGCAUCUAAACCAAGGGCAAGUAAAGUAUUAUCCUAUCGCACCUGUCAUCCUUUUCGACAUGUACCGUGCUUUGGGAAAAUGCAAGAAAGUUGUAACGACUUGGAAAAAAAUGAUAGUGCAUCGUUACUUUCAGGGUUGCAACCUUCUCCUUCAUUGGUGGAUAAUGAGUCACUUGGUGAAGAGACACAGAACUCAAGAACUUCAUACUCUUGAUGAGCAUAACGCUCUUAAGAGUUUGAAUGACAUGUUUUUCUGGACAGACUUGGAAAAAAGAAGAACCAGAGAAAGAUGGGCUCAAAUUUUUUCUGAGUUGAGAGAAGAAAACAUCCAAUGGAUGUUCGACCGUUUCAUCUCGAAAGAUGCCAUAGUACGGGGGCUACAGAAAACUUGUGCUUCCUCUGCCAGGUAUUCGAGGAAUUCGCUCAUAUGCACUCAUUCGGGUCCUGAGACAGUUCGAAAGAAGACAGACUACACCUCUAGAAGCAUACUACCGUAUCUAUGCGUUCGACAUCGGGGAUGA